GUUUUUCCUAUUGGUUUCUGACUCCCAUAACCUUUUUCGAUAUGUACUAUCGAAUUUGACAGUGCUCAAAAUCUUUAUGCCAUCAUUUGUACACUGCUGUUCUGUUGUUUAGAUGGCUCUCUGAUUUUUAGAAUUAAGUUUUACAGAGUAUUUCUGAGCAUCAAGCUGGUGUUCAUGUAUUAGUCCACGCUCUACGAGCAGAUUUUGUAGUUGAUUGGAUUAUAACAUUAGUUUCAUGCACAUAUUUUGGAGUUUUGCCUGUCGAACUUGUAUCUGUCAUGGAAAUUGGAGUUCUUGAUAUAACAUGACAUGUUAUUUUUGGCAUUUUAUAUGUUUCCCUAGUCACAGGAUGACUUGGACAAUUUUAGAGAUGUUGGUUCCUUUGAUGAGAACGUGGAAUCAUUUUUGUCGCAUGAUGGAGGAGAUGGAAAUAUAUGUGGCACUUUGAAACAAACUCUUUCUGAGCAUAAAACAGAAUUGUCCAAAGGUUUUUCUUUUGCGGAGUUUGGUUGCAUACGAACGAGAAACAAAGUGACUAGCUGUCAUUUCUCUUCGGAUGGGAAAUUGUUGGCUAGUGCUGGACAUGAUAAAAAGGCCGUCUUUUGGAACAUGGAUACCCUGCAAACAGAGACCACUCCAGAAGAACAUCAAUAUAUAAUUACGGACGUUCGCUUCCGGCCAAAUUCAACUCAACUCGCAACAGCCUCAUAUGAUAAGUCUGUCAGAAUGUGGGAUGCAGCUAACGGCCUUGCUUCUGCUCUUCCAGUCAGUUUAGAAUAUAUGCCCAGUUAAAACUUCUUUAUGUUUGUCUGACGAGAUAAACCUGUAUCUGUAUCUAUGUUUGAAAAGUAUUAUUCCACGUCCAUGGGUACUUGUUCAAUUCGAAUUUACUGAUGCAGCCAGGCUAUUGUUUGAACGCAUAUACUGGGCAUGCUCACCAUGUUAUGUCCCUCGAUUUUCAUCCCAAGAAGAAUGAUCUUUUUUGCUUCUGUGAUAGCAACAAUGAAAUUCGCUAUUGGAAUACCAAUACAUUUUCAUGCACUCGGAUUUCUAAGCAAGGAGGCACUGCACAAGUGAGAUUUCAACCAAUGACGGGACAGUUACUGGCAGCAGCAACACAGAAAGUAGUCUCUAUCUUUGAUGUUGAAACUGACAGGCAUAUUCACUCGUUCCAGGAACAUUCUGGAGUAGUGAACUACCUUUGCUGGGAUCUCAGUGGCGAAUUGUUGGCCUCCGUCAGUGAGGACUGUGUUAAAGUUUGGUCCAUAUCUUCUGGAGAAUGCAUUCAUGAACUCAACUCCAAUGAGAACCAAUUCCAUUCUUGCGUUUUUCAUCCAAAUUAUUCUGCUCUUUUGGUGAUUGGUAGUUUGCGGUCUCUGGAGCUAUGGGACAUGGUUGAGAACAAAAGCAUGACAGUUCGGGCACAUGAGCACAUCAUUUCUGCUUUGGCACAAUCACCAAUGACGGGAAUGGUUGCCUCAGCAAGCCAUGACAGUUCUGUUAAGUUGUGGAAAUAAGUGAAGAUUAAUAAAUUUUGACAGAGAUGGUUUUCUCGUUUAUUUCAUAAGAAAUGUUGUUAUAUAAAUGGUUCGUGUCAGCUUUUGGAGAUUUCUGGAUUGAAAACGGUGAGUUUAAGAAGCUUGCGGUCCAGGUUGAUUGGCGUAAGUUGCAAUUGAAAUUUCCUUGUAAUAAAGAUAGGUUUUGGAUUUGCUUGUGAAAUCCACGAAGUCCAGUGUCCUGCGUCCUUCCAUAACAUGACAUAUGUUCUGUUUUUCCCUCAUAAAGUGAAUUUAAGAGCAUGUUUUGUAUGCUGUUUGGACA